AUGCAGAGGAAAUCUUUCAUAGCCGCCUUUGUGCAAGCAUCUCCUCUAAGGACCUACAGUGCCUGCAAACACCUGCACACACACAGCAGUGGCUAUGCCAUCACCAUUCUCAGUCACCUCUUGCUCAAUCCCACUACAGAGACUAAGAAAAACCAGAUGUUCCCCAAGCCUCCCUUGCAGCUAGAGGAGUCCAAUGACCUACUGUUGGUCAAUGAGAAACAUAGGAACAUCUUAUCACUCUCCACACUCUUCAGUGAUGCCUGCAGAGGUGGCAGCCAUCUCCUACUCAUCAUCACUGCCACCCUCAGACCUCUGGUAAAGCCCAACAUGGUUAAAAAGAGGACCAAGAAGUUCAUCCGGCACCAGACUAAUAUCGAAAUUAAGUGCAACUGGCACAAAUCCAGAGACAUUGACAAUAGGGUACACAGAAGACUCAAGGGCUACAUCUUGAUGCCCAGCAUUGGUUCCAGGAGCAACAAGAAAACAAAGCACAUGCUGCCUAAUUGUUUCUGGAAAUUCCAAGUCCACAAUGUCAAGGAGCUUGACAUACUGCUGAUGUGCAACAAAUCUUACUGUGCAGAGAUUAUUCGUAAGGUCUCUUACAAGAACGCCAAAUCCAUUUUAGAAAGAGCAGCCCAGCUGGCCAGAGUCACCAAUCCCAACACCAAGCUGCACAGCAAAGAAAUUGGAUAGACAAGCUUAUACACACAUAGUAUUUGUGUUAAUAAAACCAUAAAACUACAGGGGCGCCUGGGUGGCUCAGUCGGUUGAGCGUCCGACUUCAGCUCAGGUCACGAUCUCGCGGUCCGUGAGUUCAAGCCCCGCGUCAGGCUCUGGGCUGAUGGCUCAGAGCCUGGAACCUGCUUCCGAUUCUGUGUCUCCCUCUCUCUCUGCCCCUCCCCCGUUCAUGCUCUGUCUCUCUCUGUCUCAAAAAUAAAUAAAUGUUAAAAAAAAUUUAAAAAAAAAAAAC